UGUAAAAUCUGUCACACAGGUUCUGUUUGAACAUGAAGGCGUCUUCAUUCAUCCCAGCAGUGAGGAAGAUGUCAUCGAGCUGGAUUUACUCGUCUCAGGGUCACUUCGAAUUGUUGACAAGGAUGGAGACGUCAUGGUGGAGUACAGACCGUUGGAAGAAGCUGUGGACCCGUCCAACAUGCUGUGUGCUGGAAAGGACUCCAGCUCAGUGAUGGAGUGGGCUCAGUGUUCGGGGGAGCGGUGUCACCAGCAGUUGGAAACCCAGCAGAGCUACGAGACGGAGUGGGACAUGGUCAAUGCUGCGUCGUUCAGGAGGAAACCCUGCGCCAACGGAGAAGGCUCUCUAAACCACAGCCACGAGAGGAGCAGGGGUGCGUUCAGCUUCAGUGUCGGUGACCUCAGCUCCGUCACAGUGAAGGAUGAAGGUUGGACCUUCCUCAUCUUCAAACUGAAGGAGUCCUCCCCACCCCUCCCUGCUCUGCACUUCCACCAGGGUGGCAGCAGAGAGUUCCUGGACAGCUUGGGAAGAUUUGCACUGCUUAGCGAGGCUCCAGAUGAUGAUGCGUGUCUGCUGGUCAGCACAACAAACAAGGCUCUGUCUCAGUCCUUUGAGAACCUUCUGGAAGACAACAACUUCGGCCUUGUUAACAAGUUCAGAAAAGACCCAUACGUGACCACGCUGGGCGGCUUCUCCAAAGUCACCAACUACAUAUUUGAUGCUUUUCGUGGGACAGAGGAGCAGCACCAGCGCCCCCCAGAGGAGGUGGCUGACCUGCUGGGUGAAGUCAUCCCAGGACUGGAGAUCAACCAGCAGGAGGAGCCAGGCUUCGAGGUCAUCACCAGGAUCGACCUGGGAUCGAGGCCCCUGGUUACGAGGAGCGAGCCGCUGACUGUGGAGGACUGGAUCAAACACCAGGACCCAGAGGGAAGGAUGAUCCGGAUCUUUCACCUCAAACAAGUCAUCUUCAAAGGGGGGCUGUGUCACGCCGUGAGGAAAGAGGCUUGGAAGUUUCUGUUGGGGUAUUUUCCCUGGAACAGCACACAGGAUGAGAGGAAAGCUCUGCAGAGACUCAAGACUGAUGAAUACUUCAGGAUGAAGCUGCAGUGGAAGUCGGUCAGUGAGGAGCAGGAGAGGAGGAACUCCAGACUCAGAGACUACAGGAGUCUGAUCGAGAAAGAUGUGAACAGAACCGACAGAACCAACAGGUUCUACGAGGGCAUCGAUAACCCUGGCCUGGUUCUCCUCCACGACAUCCUGAUGACGUACUGCAUGUUCGACUUCGACCUCGGUUACGUUCAGGGGAUGAGUGACCUGCUCUCACCGAUUCUCUUUGUGAUGGAGAACGAGGUCGACGCCUUCUGGUGUUUUGUCUCCUUCAUGGAUCAAAUGCAUCAGAACUUUGAGGAGCAGAUGCAGGGCAUGAAGAUGCAGCUGAUUCAGCUCAGUUCUCUGCUCAGACUGUUGGACUUGUCUUUCUGGAACUAUCUCGAGUCUCAGGACUCAGGUUACCUGUAUUUCUGUUUCCGCUGGUUGUUGAUCAGAUUUAAGCGGGAGCUCAGUUUCCAGGAUGUCCUGCGGCUGUGGGAGGUGAUGUGGACGGGUCUGCCCUGUCACAACUUCCACCUGCUCGUCUGCUGCGCCAUCCUGGACUCUGAGAAACAGAAGAUCAUGGAGGAGAAGUACGGCUUCAAUGAAAUCCUCAAGCACAUUAACGAACUUUCAAUGAAGCUGGACAUUGAAGAGAUUCUUCAGAAAGCCGAGGGCAUCAGUCUGCAGAUGAGGAGCUGUAAGGACUUACCCGACUUGGUCAGAAACAUUCUGGGCUUUGAGGCGAACGUCAGUGGCUCUGACCCGACGGACUCUGCUCCUCCUCCCGCUGUGGUUUCCAGAGCAGCACAGCGACAGGACGUCUGCUCCGCCCUCCACACACACCUGAGAGAAACGAGCUCUCACAACAGCUGCAAAGUGGCCUUUAUAUCGUAGUUAAAAGCAGAGACUGACUCAGCAUCAGCAGCGCCCCCUUCAGAAUGUUCAAGGAUUUAAAAUGAUUCAGAAUCUUAUUUUUCUACCAUGUUCUAUCUGAUUGUCUCAAACAGUCGCUCAGUUAUUCCUCCUGAUGUUUAUAAAAGCGGGGGGGUCACAUUCACACCUCUUGUUGCUCUCACCUGUCUCAGGUGAUGUCAUCUCAAGAUGUUUUUGAUGAACAUCGAGGAGUCACCUAAGAUCAGACACGUGUGAUCCGACCUCUGACCUCAACAGUUCCAUCAAGAAUCAAAGUAUUUUUACUCAGUUUCACAGACAAAGAUUUGACCAGUUUAAUAAACUGUGGAUCUUUAUCAGCUGAUCAGUGUUGAUGUUGUGUCGUUGGAUGCAAACAAAUCUAAUAGAAGAGAAACAAUAGGUUUGAUUUGUCGUGAAACUGCGGCUCAGAGACGUCGGCUGAGGAGGACGUCCUUCAUGUGUCCCAGGACGGACUCAGGUUCACACUGAUAACAGAACGUGGACACGUGGCUCAGACUCUGAAUCUGAGAGCGUUCACACCUGAACUGAGAGCUGCCCACUAGUGAUCAGAUCACGUAAACCACAUGUUAAUACCAGGUGUGAACGAACGCUGUGCUGAACCGACCAAUCAGACUUCUGUGUGUGAUGUGAACUGAACCAGCUCAUAUAUUUACUUACUUAAAGGAACACUGAGGCAUUGUGGACAUUUUUUUCUCUUACUGGGAGUGAAAUCAGACGUCUUGUGUGUUCUCAGUACUAAAGGAACACACAGUGAUGUGUGGUUACCAUGGUAACAUCUCAGUAACGUGACAUUUCCAGUAAGAAAACUAAUGUUUCCUAAAAGUGUCGCUUUAAGCCGGACGUCAUGUCAGUCUGAUGUGAUGAUGUCAUGGUCUUUAUUGAAACAAAGUGAAAAUAUAAAGUUUGUUUAAUGAUCAGAGUGUGAAACUGAUAAGUCUUUGAUUUGAUCGUGACGGAGCUCUGCUUUGUUUUUCAGGUUUAAAUUUGUGAUUUCAGCUAGUUUCAUGUAAUGGAUCGAAAUCUGAGCAAUAAAAUGAUUUCAAAAUUUCA